AUGCCCCCGUUGAAAUAUGAGGCUGGAAAAAGAGCUAUGUGCUUGACGUGUGCUCUAGCAGAAGAAGCAGCACAAGAUGAUGUAGGGCUGGCCCCUGAGAAAGCUGCAUUUUUCCCUUCCAUCUCAUUCCUUGGUACUCAGAAUGAUAUGAUUGUAAGCCUGGAGAAUGGAGACCUUCUCAAAUGUAACAUACAGAAUGCCUUGAAACCUGCAAAUGUUGAUGAAGAGGAUAGUCCAACAGACGUGCCAAGAAUAUAUAAACCUUCUCUCAUUAUAGAGGAGGAGGCAGCAAAUAUAAACACCAUUGGUAAAAACGUGGAGGCGGAGCUUCUACGAGGACACAAGAAGAACAUUAUAUAUAUAGGAUUUGUACAGUACCUCAAUGCAUUAAUUACAGUGGACCAGAAAGGAUUUAUUAACAAAUGGAAAUACACCAGCAAAUACAAAUCCUCGUUUGGCUGGUUUACUCCUUCAAGAAAAUAUAAGAUAGAAACAUCCAAAAUCAUGUACAAAGUUUCUGGAAAUGAUAAACCAAAGGUUGUGUUCACAGAUCAGACUGCAGAAGGCAAGAAGCCGAGAACCAGACAGGAGAUAGCUGCUCAAAGAAGAAGAGUUCAGAACACACUAGACAACAUGCAGCUUGGAGAUCCCUGGCAUGAAGAAUAUAUAGAUGAAGAUGAAGUCAAUCUACAAAUAUUUGCCCCCAGAGGGGUUAUAGCAGAGACAGGAGCUAUGUUUCAUCUGGUAUAUAAGCAUGAAGAAACAGAUCAGUUGUCAACUUAUAUCACAAGAUUAUACAAACCUGUCAAAGUGAGAUGCACAAGAAUUGUAUGUAUUGCAGGGUCUCCAACAAGCACAGAACUAAUUGUAAUGUUAUUGUUUGGACCUUACCCUCCUAAAGGACCACACAUCACAAUUUUCAUCAUUGACCUUGUCAAGAUGGAGUUACAAGAUUUCCGUAAAGAUAUUGAACUUGCCAUGUCUGAAUAUACUUUGAUGACUACCAAAACUAUCAUAUCCCUCGAUAUUACAAGAACUUUUGGACCAACAGGUUCAGAGUACAUGUUCAUCAUUUUCAACGGGAUUCUUCGUUGCUUAUCCUUAACAACUGGACAACCUGUUGUAAAAGUAGGUCAAAAGAAAGUCUACUUUGUACAGGAUGAUGAUGAUGAUGAAGAAGAUGAUGAUGAUGAGGAUAAAGACGAUGUGUUCAAAGGUUGUAUAGUGGAUGAGAAUCUACUCCAAGCUCCUCCUGACUCGGAGUGUACUGUCGUCUGCUUUGAAGGAAGAAUCCAUUGUGUGGUAUUCGCUAGGAAAUUGGGCAAGAUGUUCAUUGUAUCAUUUCAAGAUAAGAAUGUGUAUGAAGACCGGCGAGCCAUGUGGAAGACUUAUACAACUUUACCUGGUCACAAACUGGUACCAGCUGAACUGCGCAUUAAUACGCACAACUGGAAACUCGAUGAUGUUCAACAUCCAGCAGUGAAUGCUCGAAAGAUACUGCUCAGAAAGAUAGAUGCAGAAAUGAGGAAGGCGGGGCUUAUCAGGGAUCAUCCAAAGAUCAUACGUAGAAUAGCUCUCUCUGACAAAGUAGAAAAUUACAAAAGUGUUGAUAAAGCCGUGACAGAAAGUAAUUUACUCGAGAAGGAAGGAAUUAUGCAGAAGAGAGCAGCAAGUAGGUUGUCAAUGGCAACUCCGGAGCCGACAGACGAUGAUAAAUUCUAAUUUCAUUGAUAUACCCCCAAUAAAUUUUUCUGAGAAAUAGUGAGAUAGGGGAAAGAUGAUGUCUGAUUUUUGAGAUACCUAAUGAACUUUUGAAUUGGAAGUUUAAAGUAGUUCUUGAAUAAGCAAAGUAUUUUGAAGUCGAAAUGCAGCACUGUAUGAACAGGUGUGAAACCUUUAACAGAAUGGACAUUAUAAAUCUGACAUUACAAACGUGUUUGACAGUCCUCAGCAGCAACAGCUUGCAAGCACAAGUGUUAAUGUUACAUGGCAAAUAAUUUAUUGAAAUUCUGUGAGGAUUUGCAAAUUGGGCCAAUUAUUUAAUAUAAACAAAAUAACCCAAAGUACAGCAUAUUAUUUUUCUUGAUGCAGAAAUACUCGGGGAUUUUAUGAAUCAUUAAUAGUGAUACUAAAUCUAAUACUAAGGUAGAGGGUGAUAAAUUAUGACACAGGUAUACUUCAAAAACUUUCUAAUACUUUAAUUUUCAUUUCUAAUAUCACUUGAUUUGUUUGUCAGUUUAACAAACAAGGAUGUCACAACAUUGUAUAUUGAACAAUGGUUGAUGUGGGUACCUGUGAGAGAACAUUAUGAUGUCAAUUGCCACAUGAUGUCCAGUUUUACUCAGAUGAAGUUCAGCAUAUUUUUUAUCGUUAUAUUCAGUGGGCAUGGAAGGACGAAAAUAAACAAGGCCUUCCUGUGGUUUAUUGUCAAAUUUACCAAGGUUCAUUGUUCAUUCAGUUUGGAUAUUUAGCCAUUAGAGUUACUGGCCUGGUUGUUAAAUUCAGUCUUAAAAUGUAAAAAAUCCUCAUCAAAUGAAUUUAACUUUACUUAAGAUAUAAACUGAUUGUUUGUAAAGCUACAUUCACAAUUAGAUAUAAGGUAUAAUAGUCUUUUUGUUAAAACAAACUUCCAGUUUUAUUAGUGGUAGAACACAUUUAUACUGUUCUUUGCUAUACAUGUAGUAGGUUCGUACUAUUUUAGAAGUAAAACACAGUACUGUUUAUACACACAAGCAUGACAUUUUUACAUUGAUAGUAUGGAGUAAUUGUUCAUAUUUUCAAAAAUGGAAUUGAGUCAUGUCAGGUCGUAAGUAAAGCAUUCAAUGUCUCUGGUACCUUAGUCUUCCAAAGAAAAAUCAUAAAUGAUUACAAUCAUUCUUCCCCAAACUAUAAGGUGCUGCACAGAGAAAAUAUUUAUAGUCGUCAAUCAUUCAUCUGUAUAUAAAACAUUACAA